AACCUGUUCGACAAGAAAAGAAGAAAACCGAAACUCUAUGGGCAAUGUUGAAGACCAAGGCUGAAAUUUGCAGGUUAAGUCUUAACUAGCGUUUCAAGCCGUGAGCACAUUUAUCUUACGAACACGUGUUUCUUCUAUUUGAAUAUUAUCAAACAAAAAUGAAUACAAGUGUGGAUAAAUCAUCCAAAAAGAGGAAAUCUCUUGGCGGUCAGAAUAAAACGCCGGCCAAAGCUGCGAAACUCGACGAAAGCGUUAAAUUGUCCAAAGAAAAAGAUGUCGUUGAAGCAAACAACGUUAACAGUGCUAAAUCUCCUAAGAAGCAAAUAAAACCAGAAAACAAGAUUACGGUUACCAAAUCUGAGAAUGGAGUCAGUCCUAAAUUGAAAAAAUUCAAAGGUACUAAAUCUCUAGAAGAGAAAAGUGACGUGAAAACAGAAAAUGCGCAAAAGAAGAAAGAGAAUAAGAAAAAAAAGAGCACAAAUAUGGGUAAAAAAGUGUUUUUACUUGAAAAAAUGCAGCAACGCGCUAAAACAGAGGGUAAAGAAGUAGUCAUCAAGUUACUUAAUGAGAAAAUUGAUUCCAUUAUAUCUAGAUCUGAAAUGACAAAGAGUGCUAAGAGGACCCUGAAAAAUUACAAAUUUAUUCUCAAGGAUAUAUCUGGAGAAGAGCGCACUGUAACUCUUCCAAAACCUGCCCAAAAACAAAAUAAGAAUAAAAAACAGACUGAAGAAAAGAAAGUUGCAAAUACUACAGCUACUGCUGCUAAAGCAGUAAAGGCUAAAGAUAAUAAGAAGCAGAAGCCUGUACAGAAGGUAGAAGAAAAGAAAGCAGCCGAACCCAAAAAAGAGAAAAAACCUGUUAAAAAGGUUGAAGAAGAAGAUGAUGAAGAAUCUGAUGAUGAUGAUGUAGAGACCUCCUUCAAGGAUGUUAAAAAUGCCGAAUUCGAAGAUGACAGUGAAAUGGAUGCAGAAGAAGAAGAGAGUGACGAUGAUGAAGAAGCAAGUGACGAAGAAAUGAGUGGAGAGGAGGAUGAAGAAGAGAGUGGUGAGGAGGAAGAAGACGAAGCAAGUGAUGAGGAAGAUGAUGAUGAUGAGGAGGAUGACGAAGAAGAAAAGCCAGUCAAGAAAGUUGAGUCUAAAAAGGUAAAUGAUAAAAAACAGAAACAAAAUGAGAAUGAGCAAAAACAGUCGCAGAAAAAAUCUAGAUACGUUCUAUUCAUUGGAAAUAUCGCUUAUGAUACGACGAAAGAUGAAUUAAAAGAACACUUCAAGAGAGUAGGUGAUGUAGUAGAUGUAAGGAUUCCAUGUGAUAAGGAAUCCAACAGGCCUAGAGGUUUUGCAUAUGUCGAACUGAGCAAUGAAGCUGCAUAUCAGAAAGCCUUAGAUUUGAAUGGCUCUCAACUCAAAAAUAGGAGAAUCAAAGUGGAGUAUACUCAAGGAGGAAACAAGAACGGAGAAGAUAAGAAGAAGCAAAUAAAGGCCAAGAACUUCAAGCUUCAUGCGAUGCGCAAACAGGGGCAGAAGGGUAGCCCGAACAAGGGACAAAAUAAAGGUUCCCCCUUCAAAGGAAAAAAUAAGAAAUAAAUAUUUAGUUUCUAGAUAUAGCUGUUAAAAAUCUUAUACUUUUGGUGUUUACCUACAUUGUUAAGUAGUUUUUCGGUAAAGUUUAUAUCGAUGGAAUUUUUCUUGAAAUAAGUUUUAAUUGUAUUUGGUUAGCUGAACCAGUGAUAUAUUUUGUAUUGUUCUAGUUUGACCACUUCAGUGAUGUAAGUAGAUGCCAAUAUUUUUUAUUCAGUGACAUAAAGUUUAUUAAUUGAA